UUGAGUGAAAUGAAUGACACCAGUGGAGUCGUUCAAGGUGCGUGUUAGCGUGGAUUUUGUUGAAAAUUCAAUUAUGAAGUAACUUUUUAGUAUAUUUUUGGGAUAAAUCUUCGUCCAAAAUGGAAGAAAAACCAAAGUACGAUUUCGAUCGCAUUUGUCGGACCUGCAAGUGCGAAUCAACUGUCGGUAGAUCCGUUUUCGAAACCUUCGAAAAUGUAGACAGCACAACCCAUAUUCACGAGAUGCUAAUGGCUUGUGCGGCAGUCCAGGUUGGUAAUGACGAUGGAUUACCUUCUUUCAUGUGUGAAAAGUGUGUCCAAAAGUUGCAAGCAGCAUAUUUCUUCAAGAAACAAUGUGAAGCUAGUGAUUCAUCUCUUAGAGAAUAUGCCAAAACGAUGAAAGAAAAUGAAAAUGAUGUAAAACCAUCAGUAUCUGGUGAAGUGGAUCAAAAUAGUUAUAUUGAGAAAUUCUUAAUUGAAAAUAGUGCAAAGCCUAAAGAAGGAGAUUCAGAUCCUAAGUCAGAUUUUAUUGAACUUUUGGACAAUAAUCAGAUGGUACUAACAUGCAGAGAAUGUGGAAAAGUUUUCACUACCCUUGAAGGUCUUAGGUGCCAUAAAAGACUUCACACUGGAGCACUUUUCAAAUGCAAAUAUUGUGAUAAGGAAUAUACCCGUCAAAAUCAUUUACAGAGACAUGAAAUGUCUCAUAACAGAAGAAAAGUACAUGUUUGUAGAAUUUGCAGUAAAACACUUACCAGAUUAGAACAUUUGAAAAGACAUCUCACCACACACUUGAAAGAAAAACCAUUUUCUUGUACAAGAUGUAAAAGAGGAUUCAACAGAUCUGAACAUCUAGAGAACCAUGUUGCUAGAUGUAAAGGGGACAGAAUUCACAUAUGUGAGAUAUGCAAUAAAGGUUUCAAUAGAGCAGACAGUUUGGAGGUGCAUAAAUUACUACAUGAAAAUCAAAAACCUGUCCUUCCUACUCUAGAAAAUUUGGACAAUAUAGAAGAUCAUUAUUUUGAAAUUGAUUAUGAUGACAAUACUGCUUUCUCUGAUGAUAAUUCAAAUGAAGUUGAUGAAUGUUUCGAGCCACAGGUUGAAGUCACCGAAACUUUGGAUGAAAAACUGAGUGAUGAGAUUUCUAUGCAAGAACAAGAAAAUAAACUUAAGGAGGAAUAUUCUGAUGAUAUGAAGAGCGAAGAUCUAUUGGAAGGGGCAAAUGGAGAAGAUUCUAUGAAUCAGGAUAACAUAUCUGAUGAAUAUGGAAAAGAAAAUGACAAUGAUAGCGGCGAAUUGGAUCAAAUUUUGAAAGAGGAAAAUCAUUGUGAAAUUGAAGAUAGGGAUAAUGAUACAGAAGAAGACUUUGAUGAGAAACAGUCAAUUCAUGAUGAAAUAGUUGACCAUGAUGAUCCAGUUUCUGAUAGUGGAGGUUCUGAAUAUACGCCACCUACUAAACCGAAAAAAAGAGGCAGACCAAGAAAGCAUCCUCCAAAGCUUAAAUCAUCCAGGGGGAGAAAAUCUUCAGUAAAAAAAAUCAAGAAGGAGGAUGAAGAAUAUGGAGAAUAUUCUUGUUCCGAGUGUCAAGCAAUAUUCCCACUGAUGUCUCUUCUAGAGAAACAUGCUUCGGAUUGGCAUCCAGGACUAAAAGUAUACAAGUGUGAAGAGUGCCAAAAAAGUUUCAGUCGUCCCAAUCAUUUGAAGCGCCAUCUAUUAUCACAUUCCGAAGACAAACCACAUGUCUGUGAAAUAUGCACUAAAUGUUUCAACCGCAAAGAUCAUCUCAAUCAGCAUUUGAAGUUACACUUGAAGUCGUCUGAUGAAAUAUGCGAUAUUUGCUCUAAACCAUUCCACCGAGCAGAUCAUCUUGCAAAACACAAGGCAUCAAAACAUGGCAUUGGACAAAAGGUGACAGGUGACAAAAAAUUUGAUUGUGAUAUUUGUCAAAAAUCUUUCACAACCGAGAAGUACAGAGAUGUACAUGUGAAAGGCCAUCAGGGCAUCAAAGAAUAUCCAUGCAAAGUUUGUGAUAAGACAUUCCUGUCCAAAUCUCAUCUAAAUGAGCAUCAGAAGUUUCAUAAUGAACAUUGCAAGAAAUUCCUAUGUUCUGAAUGUGGCCAGAGGUUCAUAAGAAAUGAUUAUUUGGUUAUACAUAUGCGGAGACAUAGGGGGGAAAAACCUUUCAAGUGUAAAUAUUGUGGAAAAGGAUUCCCUAGAACAACAGAUUUGACAGUACAUGAAAGAUAUCACACAGGAGAAAAAACUCAUCUUUGUACAAUUUGUGGAAGAGGAUUUGGAAGGGCGUACAAUUUAACAGUUCAUAUGAGAACACAUACGGGUGAAAAACCUUAUCAGUGUACUUAUUGUGAAGCUGCCUUCGCCCAAGGAAAUGAUUUAAAGGCACAUGUACGACGACACACUGGCGAAAGGUUCCAGUGUGAGCUAUGCACCGAAAGCUUCCUUAUGGGCUACUUACUUACGCAGCAUAAGCGAACCGUUCAUGGACUAAAUGUGGUUAGUAAUAUUCGACGUCUUCAACCUAUAAGCAAGUUGAACCCUGAAGAUCCUAAUGAACCCCCACCUAUAACUAUACCCCUACCAAAACCAGUAGUUCCUGAGAAUUUAUUGAAUAACAUGCAGGCACCUAUGGCAACUUUAACACCUUUAGGGGCAUUGUCGUUUGCCCAGAUACAGCAUCAUAUGGCUCCAGAAUGAUGAGAAAUCUCAAGUGAUAAUGCAGUAGCCACUAAAGGGAAGAAUAUUUGGAAAUGUGAUUCUCCCGGACUUGUACAUAGGACAUCACAAGCACCAAUAUAUUGUACUAUUGUUCAUAUUAGGUUAUAAUAUAUGUUAUGUAUUUUUUGAAAGAGAGUUUUUGUACAUCUCUCAUAUUCUCACUGCGUCUUUCAAAUAUUAUUUCAUUCAUACUUUUCAUAUUACAUACUGGAAAAGAUGAUUCCAUUUAUAUUAAUCUCGUUAUAUGACAUUUAGUAUUGAGAUCAUUCAAAUAUUUUGUUGGGAAUGUAUUUUAAAUUUUGCAUGCAAGGAUAACAAUCAUUCAGUUCUUAUUUUUAUAAUGUUUUUGAAUAUGAUUUCUAAAACUUACUUAUUAUUAUGUAUCAUUCCAUAUCCUAAUUCAAUAUGUAUACAAUAUUUUUUGUGAUCACAUUCUUACAAGGAUAAAUAUUCCUUGAAUUGAAUACAUUUUUUCAUGAGCCGUAAAUCAAAGGAAUGGAGGGUUCACUUUUAAUUCCACUCAAACAUUCACAAUUUUGUUCAUAUAUGAUUUAUGUAUAUUUUUCUUAUAGAACUCGCUUUAUUGGUACUUUAUUGAUUUUAUUAUGCUUUUUCCUAAUUUAAGUGUAUCUGAAUCACAUAAUUUUCAAUAGAUGCUCGAAGACUUUGAAGUGUUUAGGGUUAAGUCUAAUAAAAAAAUUAUUUUACUUAUCCAACUCAUUUUUCAAAUUGUUUGUUUUGUUGUAACAUAAUAUUUAUAUUUUUCAAUAGAAGCUUAGAGACUAUGAAGUUUCAAAACCAAUUAGGAUUAUUUCACUCUUCUUACAUUUGUAAAAAUGCAGUUAGUUCCAUAAAAGUUAAUCAGAUUCGCAUAUGAACAAAUUUUUUUGAAUCACAUUAUUCGUCCCUUAAAUGAUUAAUCAUUUUCAAUUAUUCAGUUAAUUUGCAUCACAAACUGAUGUUUCUGGCAAUUCUAAUUGAACAUUAGGUAUUCUGUAUGAUAUUGAAAUGUACAUUUUAGAAUUAGAAUUGGGCUUUUCUGUAUAAAGUUAUUUAGUUAUAAUUGUGAUUAGUAAUAAACUUUAACAAAACUCUG